GCUUCAAUUUUGUUUGUGUUUAAUUGUGCGCGUAAAAAUGUUGUUAGCAAUGCGUCGUGAAAGUGAGCAUCAUACAGCAGCAGCAGCAACAGCAUCGAACACAACCUCAGCAACAGAUACGAACGGCUUAGCGCCCAAUUUGAACGCUUCAAAUCAAUACGCAAAUAAUUUAGGCAUUACGGCAAAUCUAAACGGUGGAGCACAGCAAGACUCUUUGAAUACACCUUCGACGCCUUUACUGAAUUUGGGACGUAGUCCUCUGCAAUUUCCACCACCACCGCCACCACCGAUUUCUGUGCAAACCGCAGCAACACAAUUUGGAUUUUACACACCAAACGCAACGGGUGCCACUUAUUUGCAUCACUACACGCAUCCAACAACAACACAAGCGGCUAUAACCAGCUCCGUUGGUGGUGCAAUCGUUACUGGUAAUGGUGGCACUGUUGCCAAUAUCAAUCGUUCUGGUUCUACACCUGCUGUAGAACUUGAUGAAUACGUUGAUAUCUUGCAAGUGCAACAAUUGCUUUUAGACUCAUCAUCUUCUGCGAAUCAGCAGACUAUAGCUACUGCUAAUAAUUGUAAUAGUAGUAGUUCCAUUCCUGCAAAUACUGCACAACAACAAACUCUCCCAAAACCCAGACCCAGGUUAAAUCUGCAGAAAGCAACUGAGUACGCUGCACAAGUACAAGCUGACUCACCCUCUUCACGUCGUAUGCUCCUUGAUUAUCCUAGUCCAUAUUUGUACGGAAAUCAUUAUCAUUCAUCGCCAAGUGAGGAUCUAGUUGCCUUGUGGUUUGGCAGCAAUGGCUCAGAUAGUUACUUAGUAAGUUGUGGUGAAGGAAAGAAUGAAUCCCCCUCACUUAGCUAA